AUGUCGAUCAUUGGACAUUGCAAUUGUGAGGCCGUGAGCGUGGAGCUGGAGGUUGGGGAGCAGAAACUUUCAUCCAUGACAUGUUAUUGCAAGAACUGCGCUCGAGCUGGUGCAGGAUACUCGAUCAAUUACAUGGUUGACCAAGCCAAUGUAACCAUCAAAGACCCAACGGGAGCGCUUCAGACCUAUGUAGAUACCAAGACAACAAGCGGAAAGCCAAUGGAUCGUCUCUUCUGUGGCAAAUGUGGAAGUGCUGUUCUAAGUCAAACCACGGAUGGUAAGAGUACUGGAAAAGUGUUUCUCAAAGCCACCCUCUUUGACGAACAAGCCGCUCCUUUCGUGGAACUAUACACAGCUUCUCGAAGUGACUGGCAGCCUGCCGUCGCGGGAACGAUUCAGAAGUAA